AUGGCCCUACUCUACUCCUACCAAAGUCCCCCACUUUUCUCCCAAUCCCAGCCUGUGGGCCGCCCCACCGCGCACGCCCCAAGGGAGGAAAAAAAAUCAACCAACCUCCGCCUCGCUUACCUAAUCCCCAACGCACGCACCACCCCGCCAGCCCUAGCCCCCCCGCCAACCUACCUAUAUAAACCCGCCGUCCCCCGUCCCCCUCCCUCGCCCGGCCAUCAUCAGCAGGUAAUCUACAUACCUUUGUAA